GUGAUUGUGAUAAUCUAAAAACUGAGGGUUAACAGAAUAGUAGGCAUCAUCGCCAUGGGCUUCAAUGUUCUGAGAACCACUUUUUCAAUGCCCCUUUGUUCUUCCAAAUCCAUACCCAUUAUCUCAACUCAUCCCACCAUUUUCCCAUCAAAGCCCAAGACUCACACUCUCCUCCUUUCUGCCUCAUCCACUCACCACUCCAAACGUCCUUUUCACAGUGGAAUUGUUGCCAUGGCCGCAUCUCGCUCUCUCCACAAAUCCGACGAAGAGUGGCGUGCAAUUCUCUCGCCUGAACAGUUUCGAAUUCUCAGGCAAAAGGGCACCGAGUUCCCUGGAACAGGCGAGUAUGACAAGUUCUUUGGUGAGGGAAUUUACAACUGUGCAGGUUGUGGAACUCCUCUCUACAAGUCCAUAACAAAAUUUAAUUCUGGUUGUGGUUGGCCAGCCUUCUAUGAGGGUCUUCCCGGAGCCAUAAAUCGCAAUCCGGACCCUGAUGGGAUGAGGACAGAAAUUACAUGUGCUGCUUGUGGGGGACAUCUUGGUCACGUGUUUAAAGGUGAAGGAUUUCCAACACCCACUGACGAACGCCAUUGUGUUAAUAGUAUUUCACUUAAAUUUGCGCCAGCCAAUUCUCACUGAAAAUGAGCCUUCUGUAUGGACAUGGUUGCCUAUGUACUUAACAUUUAACAUUCGUAAAUAAUUAUGUAAUGUACUUGUAUUACGAAUGAAGUUCAUAGAAUGAUGGCUAAACAGUAUUUUACUCAAAUAAAAGAAUGAUGUUUGAUCUGUACC